GGCGGAGCGGGAAGGGCGGGUGGUGAGCGCAGCUGCCCUGCGGCAUGGACGGCCCCUCGCGCUGCUGCUGCUGGCCCAGGACACAGGUUCCUGAGGAGGAAUGAAACACAGGGAGGCGAAGAGAAUUGCCGAUUCCCGGGGGCCUGUGUCUGCCAGCGGCUGCUAAGUACCUCUGAGAAACUCUGCUUUGAGCUAAUAGGAACCGCCUGUUCUGGGAACAUCAGUACAUGAAACAGAAACCUCUGGGUGGACCCCUGGGCAAGAUGAAUUUGACCAACCAUGCGUUCCAGGGCUCCAGCGAGAACAUCACCACCUCAACGCCAGGCCCCACACUACACAGCAGCCUGGACACAGCGGCCACAGCUGUUUUGGGCUCCAUUGGUGUCGUGGCCCUCAUCUUGCUCCUGGUGGGACUCUUGUCCGUGACUCUGAAAAAAUGGAGGCAUGAGAGACUAUUUAAGAAACAACAGAAGCAUCAGACCAACUUUCUCCACAAACCCUUGGAGCUUUCCUGCCAUGCCGAUGCCAUAUAUUCCAACGUGAUCAACCUGGCCCCCAGGAAAGAGGAUGACUUCGCUGUCUAUGCCAACGUGCCCCCUUUCAACUGCCCCAGGAGGACAUCACCAGACCACGUGGAAUACGCCUCCAUUGUAUUUCACUGAUGAGAAGCUAGUGAGAUGCUUCAGAGUGGAGAGUCAGACCUGUGCCUACCUGUAUCCUGAUGCAGCUUUUGCUCUCGAUAUGUGUGUAUGUGUGUGCAUGUGUGUGUGUGUGUCUUUGCACACGUGUGUGUGUGUGCAUGCACACCCAUGCUUAAAAUGCAUAAUAUGUAUUCUGAUGGAGGUAAAUGAUUGGGUAUUUCUUCUAAUUUAUUGGAAGCAAGGUGCAGUUCUAAUGGAAAAGGGUGACAUCUGAGCGACAAGGGACAUAGUCAUUUCAGCCACUCUGAGCCAGAGGCAGCUUCCUGAGAGACACUGGCCGAGAGAAGAGCCCUUUCUCUCCCCUGCCCCUCAUAAGGCCAGGGCUGAGGAGCAGGGCUCACCCCACUCAGGGACCAGCUCCUGGAUUUUGUCUCUGCUGUUCUGCCCUGUAAGGAACUGACGCCCUGUAGAGGUUAAUGCAUGCGUCACACUCAGGUCUAUGGCUGAUCACCAUGUAUGUCUUCACAGAGUUUUCCAGGUCCAUGCAGCAAGUGCAGAGGGAGGAGGCAUGGGGGAGCUGCAGGUCCGUGUGAAGUGCUUCUUCCUAGAGGAGUGAGACUUGCCACGCUUCCACAGAGAAUGCAGUGCCACUCGGGACAGGAGCUGGGGAAGAAGCAGUCAGUGGAAGUGGGUACAUGUUACUGCUGACCAGGGUCUGCUCCUGAGGCUUUUGAAGAUGUCUGAAACUUUGCAACAGAUUUACUUCCUCUUUCCUCCUUUGAAAAACAUGCAUUAAACACCACCAUGUCCUAGUCCCUGGGAACACAGCAGUAUUCAACAAUACAACAGACAAAACCUUA